AUUUUGUUUGUUUUAAUGAAUUUGGACAAACUCCUGAAGACGGCACACUGCACAGAAACACAAGACCAAGUUCUAUCAAUCACCCCAAAAACACAGGAGCAAGUAGACAUCUUGAAGACUGUUUCCACUCAAUAUGAGACAGCCUUGUGGCAGCCUGUGUCCCCUCAUUAUAUUAAAGAAGACACUCAGGUCCACCUGUUCGUCCCUGCAAACAGCUCAGAGACUGUGAAGGACCUGCUGCAGAGACACGCCAUAACACACGAGGUGCUACUGGCGAACCCCAACGAGCUGAUUGAAAUGCAGACGAGGAACGACUCCACUGACCCGAGGAGCAGCUCGACCUUCUACGAAAGAUAUCACAGCCUGGAGGAUAUUUAUUUCUGGAUAAACAGGACUAAACAGGACAACCCGGACACUGUGAAAGUCAUUCUCAUUGGCUCCUCAUUUGAGAAGCGUCCACUCUAUGUUCUAAAGUUGUCUUUAAAUAACAGGCCGAAUAAGAAAGCAAUGUGGAUAGAUUGUGGGAUCCAUGCCAGAGAGUGGAUCUCUCCUGCUUUCUGCUUAUGGUUUGUACAAUAUUCUUUGUCAUUUUACCAGUCAAACAAAGACAUUGCUAACAUCCUGGACAACAUGGAUGUCUACGUCCUGCCUGUUUUGAACCCUGAUGGAUACCAUUACACAUGGACAACAAACAGGAUGUGGAGGAAGAACCGCUCGACCAACAUGAGCACCAAAUGCAUCGGGGUCGACCUCAACAGAAACUUUGAUGCCAACUGGUGCACGGAGGGAGCCUCUGAUCAGCCCUGCACUGAGAUCUACUGCGGGGCCUUCCCUGAGUCGGAACCAGAGACGCUGGCCGUGGCCGACUUCCUGCGCAGCCACAAGCACAUCGUCCAGAUCUACUUCAGCAUCCACUCCUACUCUCAGAUGCUGCUCUUCCCGUUCUCCUGCACCUUAGAGGAAGCAGAGAACCACAGCGAGCUGCUUGAAAUGGUCCAAGAAGCUGCCCAGAAAAUCCAGAGACAUUACAGAAAUAUCUACAAAUAUGGUUCUGGAGCAAAGACAAUAUACCUGGCUCCUGGAGGUUCUGAUGAUUGGGCGUACAACCUUGGCAUCAAAUACUCGUUCACAUUUGAGCUCCAGGACCGCGGAAGCUAUGGCUUCCUCCUUCCACCAUCUCACAUCUCCAAAGCCUGCAACGAAGCUCUGCUCGCUGUGAAGACUAUUGCUCUGAAAGUCGUUGAGAAAACAAAAGCUCUGACAACUCCGGCUUAAACUGUCUGAGCAGGGACAUCAGUGACUUAAUAUAAUGGAAUAAAAACGGUAUCAAAAACAGAAUUAACUGAUUUAAGUUACAGAUGAAGGGAGGAAUAAGUUAACAGUGUGUCACCCAAAGUGCGUCAUCAUGCAGAUAAUAGUGAUGAAGGCUAUUGUGGUGUUAAUAAUAUAUUAUCUCAACCACACCCCUGUCAGAUGUGAUGCAAAGGAAUACAGCAGCAGUGCAUUCAAAAUAAAUAAAAACAUAUCAAAA